AUGCAAGAAGAAAACAACGUAGCUUUACUCUUCACAUCCGACGGUGGAGCAACGCUAAACGGUCUCCUGGAAGACGAAUCGACAACGCUAACAGCGACGACGGCGGAGGAGGAUGAAUCACUCUCAGUGAUGAGGUGUCCGGCCAUGGAUGGGUUAGUAAAGAAAGCGAUGAGGAGGAAGAGGAACGAUGAGGAGGAGAGAUGGGUUAGUUAUUCGGAGGUUGUGGAAGAGAAGAAGGAAAUGAUGGAGGAGGUGAAUAGUUGUGUUGGGAGUGAAACGACGUCGUUUUUUGGGUCUUUGUCUUUGAAGCUCGAUCAUGAUGGAAUAUUGAAUGCUUGGUCUGAUAAAGGAUCUCUUUAUGUUGAUGCUGCUGAUGAUGCCCCACAGACUGUUCCUGAUUUGUUCAAUGCUUCCACCAUCCUCCCCAAUGUAAUGUGGGAUGGUUAUGGUUGUGAUGUUGUUAGGAACACAUGGAAAGUUCCUGAAGGUUGUGGACCUAACAAUAACAAUGUGAAUGUGAAAGAAGAAACUGGUUGGAAGGUUGGGCAGAGAGAGGCAAGUUUGUUGAGAUACAAAGAAAAAAGGCAAAGUAGACUCUUUGCUAAGAGGAUUCGUUAUGAAGUUCGCAAGUUGAAUGCUGAAAAACGACCUAGGAUGAAGAGCCGUCUCAAAUUUUUUAGAAGCCCUAUUUCUUGUUUGUAUAUUUUGCAGGGACGGUUUGUGAAGAGAGAAUAA